UCAGAAAAAGCAAUAAACCAUUGACGCAUCCAAAAUCGACUAAUAAUAUAUAUAUAUAUAUAUAUAUAUAUAUAUGCCUAUGACACCGCACUGCUUUUGUAUGACGUCCACCAUCACCGCCUCCACCACAACAACUUAUCUUGUGACCGUUCAACUGGAAAACGCCAAACGUCGUGGCCAAUCCUCUAGACUUUGUUACUUGUAUUCUAAAAUCCAAAUCCAAUUAAAAGUCCUUUCUCUUCUCUGUUCCUCUCCCUCUCUUUUCACCGUCACGGUUCCCCCACUCCUCUUUGCAUGAACAUGCUCUUGUUAGUAUAAAUUCCAACUAUUUUCUUGCCAUACACAUGCUUUUUACGCACUCUUCUUCGUUGGACUCUUUCUCUCUCUAGAAUUCUCCAUCUCUGUUAUUUCUCUCUCCAGUGGCGGGGAAUCUUUCUGCCUCCAUGGAGACUACCACGAUCUCCACCGCCGGUGCUGGCAUCUCUGAGUCCUUCUCCGAUCUUAACCUCUCGCUUCGACGGAGGCGGAGCUUCAACAACUCGGCUGGAGCCGUAGCUGAAUUGUCUUCGAAAAUUGAUAAGUUGGAAUCUGAUGUCGGAGGCCAGAUGAUGAUGGAUCCGGCACCUGUGGUGGAAUCGGAAAAUUUGAAAAGGAAUGGAAAAGAUUGCGGCCACGAAAAGGAUAAGGUUGAGAAUCGUGAGAAUCGUGGAGGAUCGGAUUUUAAAUUUACGUAUCGGCCAUCAGUGCCGGCUCAUCGUGUGCUCAAGGAGAGUCCACUUAGCUCUGAUGCUAUAUUUAAACAAAGUCAUGCUGGUCUCUUCAACCUCUGCAUAGUAGUGCUUGUUGCCGUUAACAGCAGGCUUAUUAUUGAGAAUCUAAUGAAGUAUGGUUGGCUAAUUAAGACUGGGUUUUGGUUUAGUUCAAGGUCAUUGAGAGAUUGGCCUCUUCUUAUGUGCUGUCUUACUCUUCCAGUCUUUUCUCUUGCUGCCUAUCUAGUGGAAAAGUUGGCAUAUCGAAAAUAUAUAUCUGAAUUUAUUGUUGUUUUCUUUCAUGUGCUCAUCACCUCAGCAGCAGUUCUAUACCCUGUUUCUGUGAUUCUCAGUUGUGAGUCUGCUGUUUUAUCUGGUGUCACAUUGAUGCUCUUUGCUUGUAUCGUGUGGUUGAAAUUGGUAUCUUAUGCACAUACAAACCAUGAUAUGAGAGCUGUUGCCAACUCAGUUGAUAAGGGGGAUACACUGUCCAAUACUUUUAAUGCAGAUUAUUCUUGUGAUGUUAGCUUCAAGAGUUUGGUUUACUUCAUGGUUGCUCCCACAUUAUGUUACCAGCCAAUUUAUCCUCGCACAGCCUCUGUUCGAAAGAGUUGGGUUGUUCGUCAAUUUCUCAAGUUAGUAAUAUUUACAGGAUUCAUGGGAUUUAUCAUAGAACAAUAUAUCAAUCCUAUUGUCCAGAAUUCACAACAUCCUUUAAAGGGGGAUCUCUUAUAUGCUAUAGAGAGGGUUUUGAAGCUUUCAGUUCCAAAUUUAUACGUGUGGCUCUGCAUGUUCUACUGCUUUUUUCACUUAUGGUUAAAUAUACUUGCUGAGCUCCUUCGCUUUGGUGAUCGAGAGUUCUAUAAAGAUUGGUGGAAUGCAAGAACAGUCGAUGAGUAUUGGAGAAUGUGGAAUAUGCCUGUUCAUAAGUGGAUGGUUCGUCAUAUCUACUUUCCAUGCUUACGGCAUAAAGUACCAAAGGGGAUAGCCUUAAUUAUUGCCUUCUUCGUUUCGGCUGUCUUUCAUGAGUUGUGCAUUGCUGUCCCGUGCCACAUGUUCAAGCUCUGGGCUUUUAUUGGAAUAAUGUUUCAGAUUCCCUUGGUUGUGAUAACAAGUUAUCUCCAAAACAAGUUCAGAAGUUCAAUGGUGGGAAAUAUGAUCUUCUGGUUCAUUUUCUGCAUUCUUGGCCAACCUAUGUGUGUAUUACUGUAUUACCAUGACCUGAUGAAUCAGAAAGGGAGUACGGAAUCAAGAUGAAACUGACCCAUGGCAUGGUUGCUUAUGGGAUUUGCUUUCAAUAUAUUGUGCAUGAAACUUUACCAUACUGAUCUUAUCACGAACCAUUGAGAGAGUAGGUUAGUUGUUAAUUCAAUUAAUGUUCAAGCAAAUUUUGAAAAGUAUAAUCACUUUCAGGGACUAGUGCCCUAUUUUAGUAGCUGUUCAGAGACAUCGUUAAUUAUUAGUGGAAAAUUGUAAAUGUGUCCCUAUUCUCUA